ACAGCAUAUUUGGACUGAUCGUCUCCAGUAAAAGAAGUCUUCUAACUUAUAUAACAACACAUUACCUUGGCAAAAGACUUUAGUUCUACGGCGACCUUACAACGGUCAAGUACGAUUUUUGCACACAAACACAACCGUUGCUGUGUGGUACUGUCUUUGAACAGUUAUUUUGGGAUUGUGAAAAGAGAAAAGGUUGAAAGUUAGAAUUUUCAUAACCAUUUCGAUUGGGUGAUUGAAGCUUAAGUAAUACAUAAUUUAAACGAGCAGCGUGCGCGUUAGGUCAAAGCAAGUGCCAACAAUAAACUUCUUCUCUUUUUUAAAAAAUCACAAAACGCGGUAAAGCCUGGAUAUACUUCUGCUGCUUGAAUUUUACUCAAAGUGCGGAGUGUAACUAUACAUGUAAAGUGUUUCGCAAAGUGGUGCUUUUUUGAAAGGAUUAAAGUGAAAUUUUACUGCAAAGAAAAUUGACUUUAAAAUUUAUUAAUUUAUUUUUGGCGAUAUUUUCGCUUUACAUCUAACUUUAUUACGCCCCGGGAGCAGUUACAAUUAGAACUAAGUUGAAGCACCCGCAAUAGCAACUAUUUCUGGAUAUAUUUUUUUAUCCACCACACAGCAGAACACGUCAUUGUGGCUAAUUGUCGAAACCACGUACAAAUAAACAUAAAUAGCAUAAAAUUAAACCUAGCGAGGACAUCAGUGAGUGUGCCAAAUUGAUAACUACUCUGUUAAGAAGCGUAGAACUCAAAGUGGUUCGGAAGGGAAUUGGAAUACAUUAUUUUCGAUUUGGUUAAAAGCUGCCGGGCAUAGAUCGCAACAACAGCAACCACAACUGCUAACACGUUAAAAUGCGACACAGCAAACGAACGCUAUACAGCAAGAGCAACAAUAACAUACCUUGGCUUCUGCUGCUAUGUCUUCUCGUCGCCUCACCUGCCGCUAUUAUGGCAGCCAGACGUUCGCGUCUGGAUUUAGCCGAAAGCGCACAACCUGUCGCCCCAGCCGCUGCCUCCGCUUCCACUGCAGCGAAGGACAGCUAUUUGCCUAUUGCAGAAGAACAAGCGGCAACGGCACCAUUAGUCGAUGCAAAAGCAGCAGUAGCACCUGUGGCGGCGGCACCGGUUUCCUCCACUACAACUGCAACAGACAUCACCAACUCAGCUAAUGCAGUAACCAACAACGAUGCAAAGCGUCAAUCAGAGGCAGCAGCGAGCCAACAACAGCCGGAUAUUGCUACCGAUUUGGGGGGCAGCUCCGAGGCAAAACAUGCCAUUGACAACUCAGCAGCCAACGAUGCAGAAAGUGAGCAACGAGAUGCCGCAAAUUCAUCUGCGGCGGUGGCGGCGGCGGCGGCCGUGGCGGCGGCUACAGCGACGGUAGGUGGUGCAGCAGGAACAGCAGAUACAGCCGCAGCAGCGGCUGCUUCACUUGCGGCAUUCGACUCGACAACCAGUGCUGCAGUGGCACUGGAAUCCGCUGAAAAGCUGGCAGCACCUGCAUACAACGCCAAUGAAGAGGAUCAAUUACCAAAGGAACAGAAAGAAUUGCCGACAGAUAUUGGUGAUGAGGACAUUGACUUGCUGGACAGUGGCAACAGCGUUGGGACAGCUAGCGGCGGACACCACGGUAACACUGAGGAGGAAUGCGAUCCGGAGUUGAUUGGCUUCGAAAUAGUUACAGGCUACGUUUUCUCUGCACCCGGAAAGUUAUUGAAUUCACUGCCUGGUACGCUUAUGUUAACCGACUGUCUGGAAGCAUGCCAAACGAACGAAGCCUGUCGUGCGGUGAACUACGAGACCGGCUUGUGUGUGCUAUUCUCGGCCAAUGCGGACAAAUUGCCUGGCGCCUUGACCAAAUCGCAAUUCCCCGUCUUCACAAUUUAUGCACAAAAAUCAUGUUUGGGCAUUCGGCCGUGCUUACGUGCCUGGUGUGUUGAUCGCGUACAGGGCUACAAGCUGAAUGGCUAUGCAAAGCGCACGAUACCGGUGGUGUCGCGACGUGAUUGUUUGGAAUUAUGCUUGGGCGAAAACGAAUUCACGUGCAGAUCAGCCAACUAUUAUCGCAGUACAAACAAUUGUGAGCUCUCCGAAAUGGAUCGCAUUACGCUGGCCGGCACUGGCGCAUUCCAGCCGCACGACGCUGUCGAUUAUCUGGAGAAUAACUGCGCCGAUGAGCCAAAUAAAUUGUGCGAGUUCAAACGCUUGUCCGGCCGCAUACUCAAGACGGUAGAUUCGGUGUAUCAGGAUGUUGGCAGCAUUGAUGAGUGUCGUGAUUUAUGUUUGAAUUCACCGUACAGAUGCCACUCCUACGACUACGGCGACACUGGCGACAUGGUUUGCCGUCUUUCGCAUCACAGCCGUGCUACACUAUCCGAUGUGCAAGAUCCUUACCUAGAAGUGCCGGAAGCAGCCACUUAUGAACUGUCAUCCUGCUACAAUGUGACCAUCGAAUGCGGCGCUGGCGACAUGAUUGCACGCAUACGCACAUCGAAACUUUUCGACGGCAAAGUCUACGCUAAAGGUUCGCCCAAAUCGUGCGCUGUUGAUGUUAAGAAUGCACUCGACUUCGAAUUGCGUAUGCGUUAUCAGGAUCUCGAAUGUAAUGUACGCCAAAGCGGCUCUGGACGUUACAUGAACGAUGUAGUGAUACAGCAUCACGACACCAUUGUUACUUCGUCUGAUUUGGGUUUGGCUGUUACUUGUCAAUAUGACUUGACUAACAAAUCGGUUUCGAAUGAAGUUGAUUUGGGUGUUAAGGGCGAUAUCGAACCAGCGCUUAGCGAAGAGGUUAUAGUCGAUUCACCGAAUGUGAUUAUGAAGAUUACCUCACGCGAUGGCUCCGAUGUGAUGCGCUCAGCUGAGGUUGGUGAUCCGUUGGCGCUGAAAUUCGAAAUUCUCGAUGAACACAGUCCCUACGAGAUCUUUGUACGCGAAUUGGUUGCUAUGGAUGGUAGUGAUAAUGCAGAAAUUACGCUCAUCGAUUCGAAUGGCUGUCCUACCGAUCACUUCAUUAUGGGACCGAUCUACAAGAGUUCCUUAUCUGGUAAAAUUUUGCUCUCACACUUUGAUGCAUUCAAAUUCCCCUCAUCCGAAGUGGUGCAAUUCCGCGCGCUCGUCACGCCCUGUAUGCCCACAUGCGAACCGGUGCAAUGUGAUCAGGAGGACAUCGGCGGUGAAUUCAAGUCAUUGAUAUCAUACGGACGCAGGAGGCGUUCAAUUAAUGCGACAGCUACAUUUACUGGCACUGUGCUGAAUAGCUAUGAACACCAGCAACAAAAGCUGGUGGAAAAACAACACCGCACCAGACAACAGCAAUUGCGCCUGCGCACCAGACGUGAAACAGCCGCCUCGACGAACGGCAAACCUAGUCAAGAGGAUAUGCUUUUGGUACAAUCAAUUCAGAUCACUGACAAAUUUGGCUUCGAUAAGCAGCAACAGCAACAGCCCAAGUCCACGGCGUACGAUAGCAAUGAGACGAUUUUCAUUAGCGGUGAAGCUGGCCAAGGAUACUGUGUUAAUGCGAUCGGUCUUAUUGUGGCUGUCACAGUCUUCCUGCUCGCACAACUCGCCGUCAUAGCCAUCUGGACUUACUUGCACCAACGGCGCCGAAAACAGCAACCCUACAGCAACGAUAUUCUCAGCAACGGCUCCAGUUAUGGUUCGCACACAGGUAGCUCGGUAAAUGGCUCAGGAAUUGUGACUAGCGUGCCGAAUGCGCGAUCUGAAUCGUUGUGCAAAUUAUAUGACAGCGGUUUCGCAGGACGACACGGACGUCAAUUUUAAAGACGUAUGAGAAAUGAGAUAACAAUUACACACACAAUAACGACUAAACGAAGCGCAGAAACGAUAAACCACCUUGAAGUGACUUAGCAAAAUUUUUAAAAAUAUUAAUUGGUUGGUUUGGGGGUAAGGUGUGACAAAUAUGCGAAUUCUUGCCAGAAGUGUAGUAAGAAUUAUUGUGAGAAGUAAGAAAUUUAUGAAGCAAUAACAAUAACAAACUUACGAAGACGCCAUUAACAAGAAUAACGAAAACAAGAUACUUAUUUAAAUGAAGUUAUAACGGAGGUGCGUGCAGAUUAAACUCACAUGGUGCCGAAAAGUGAAACUCGUGGGCAAUAUAAACGAUAUGGAUAAUAUUGAUUAAAGUAAUUACAUAUUUAAUAGUACAUAGGUGCAUUAUUAUUAUCAAGGGUAGACAAAACAAAAAAACAACAACGCAUACAUAAAGCAAAGAACGUGAGAAAGCUAACGCGCAAUCGGAUGCCAGCUGGACGUUGCGUCAAAAUAGUCUAAAAUACUAGUUUUAAGCUAUGCGAUAAAAAAAGAUGUUCAAUUCGGCGAUUCAGCACAUAAACAAAUGAAUUCUUUAAGACAUUGCAUAAAAUAUUUAAAUAGAACAUAGUGAUUAGGCGUGGAUAUACAGAAAAAAGGACGACUGAUCAUUUUGGAGUUUGUAUUAUUUUUCUUUAUGAAAUUGCUAAAUCGUAGAUGCAGCGUAUCAAAGAAAUCUAAUACGACACAAGCGAUUGGCUUGCGAACUAUUGCGUAAUUGCAUAAGUUGCAGACAAAGUGUAGUUUUAAGUAGACGCUAUGCAUACACGGUCGCAUAAGACGGCAGUGGAUUCAGUAAAAACAGAAAAUGUGAAACAUAAAGAAUCUAGCAAUUAGAAACACUGCAUUUAUGGCAGACUUAUAAUAGUUAAUUCAUUGCAAUAGUUUUAUUUUUUAGGUUUAAAUUUAAUAUAUAUACGUACAUAAACAAACAAGCACAAACGUACACACGUACACACGCAUUCAAGCAGAACAGUCACAAACAUACUUUGUAAAUGCAUAUCACAAAAGCAUUAAAGCACACAACAUACAUACAUACAUACAUAGACAACUUAAGAGUGGUUCAAGUGUACCGAGGAAACACUGCCCCAACUCCCAUAAAACUGCAGACAUACAAACAACACAUACAUACAUAUACAAGCAGCAAUCCAGUAACGCUUAAGUAAACGAUAACUGAAUGCAAUAUAUAAUUUAAUUUAGCUAUGCAGUGUAUUUUUUAUGUUCAUUAAAACAAAAACAAAGAAAACAUAGCGCGUAAUUUGUAUGCCACUUCCACUUUUCACUUGUCCUUUUUUCUAACCCGUCAAAAAAUAAAAACAAAACAAAAAACUUAUUUAUAGUACAUUUUUUAUUUAAUUAAAAUAAUUUUGAUUUUGGAAUAAAAUUCUGCUUAUAUAAUUUAUUUUUGUAGUUAAUGUUUAGUAAUAAUUUCGAAGUAUGUAGCACAACAAGCAACUGAUCAGCAGUAGUGCCGUUGUUGAAAGUAUUAAUAUUUAUUGCUAAACGCUGAUAAAUAUUAAAAUUUAAAAAAUAUAGUCUAUUUGUACUAAAAAAAAAGCACACCGCAAGAAAAACUGUAAUUUGCGUGAAUAUGUUUAUUUUGUCAUUAGAAUUUUCCAAUAAAAUUAAAUG